CUUCCGGCGGAAGAACCGGGAAUUCCGGCGGAAGGGGCGGUGAGCGUGGCGUGGACUCUGCCGCAGCCAUGGCGGCGGCCACGUCUCCGGCCGAUAAGGAGCGGUGAGACGGGUCGCGGGGCGAGCGGGGAGCGGGUGCGGGCAGCGAGAUUCAUCUGCAUUUAUCCAGCAUAUUUGAAUAAUAAGAAGACAAUAGCAGAAGGAAGAAGGAUACCUAUAGACAAAGCAGUUGAAAAUCCCACGUCUACUGAAAUCCAGGAUGUGUGUGCAGCAGUUGGAUUCAACGUGCUGUUAGAGAAAAAUAAGAUGUAUCCCAGAGAGUGGAACAGGGACGUGCAGUACAGAGGUAGAGUGCGAAUCCAGCUCAAACAAGAUGAUGGUAACCCGUGUUUACCUCAGUUUCCAACACGUAAAUCAGUGAUGUUGUACGCUGCCGAGACCAUUCCGAAAUUGAAAACAAGAACCCAGAAGAUGGGAGGUAGCGAUCAAAGUCUUCAGCAAGGAGAGGGAGGCAAGAAAGGUAAAGGGAAGAAAAAGAAAUGAGCUUGCACCUGGAAUAAUUGUUACAUCACAUAGUGGUAUUUAACCACAAGUUUGGAUGGACACAUGACUUCCUAAAACUUUGAAGUGAAAGAUAGGAGGAAGAAAUAAACAGGUGAAACCGAAUAGAACUGCCUGCUUUUCUUGGAACUGGAAUGCAUGUAGCUGCCGCGCAUCUGUGUAACAAUAAAUUUGUCUUCACACACAGCCUGCAAGUCUCAAGCUAGCAUCCACUUUUAAAAUGCAGAAGAAUGUAAGCAAAUGGUGUGGGUGGAAAAGUUAUUCUUUCAAAAAGAAAUAUGCAGCUUCUGAUGAGUAAAUAAAUAAAUAUUCUUAUGCACGCUAGAUAUGUGAAAACUGGUUGCCUUAGUAAACCAUUUGUCUAUGCUAGUGAAGUGAUUGUCUUAAUUCUGGGGAGUCUUUGUCACUAACAGAAAACAGUAAAUUGUUGAAGUCGUGGCUCUUCCCUUGCUAAUGAUUUUUCACAGCUGUUGAGUAUACUAAUAAAGGUGACACGUUAAUUUUUAAAAAUGUAAUUUUGUAGAAUACUUCAUCCAAAAGUUUGUUUUUCCUCCACAGCUGGUUGUAAAGGAGUCAGUGGCACAAGUUAUAAGGAUAAUAUUGUAAUGUUUUAAGAUAAUUUGAAGAAAAAUACAGCUCCUUUUUAUGUCUUGAGUAA